AUGCUCCUGGCUGCCCUGUACUGCCUGCUAUGGAGUUUCCGGACCUCUGCGGGCCACUUCCCUCGAGCCUGUGCCUCCUCCAAGAGCCUGAUGGAGAAGGAGUGCUGCCCGCCCUGGGCGGGCGAUGGGAGCCCCUGUGGCCGGCUCUCGGGCAGGGGCUCCUGCCAGGACGUCAUUCUGUCCAUGGCACCACUCGGGCCUCAGUUCCCCUUCACGGGGGUGGACGACCGCGAGUCUUGGCCCUCCAUCUUUUAUAACAGAACUUGCCAGUGCUUUGGCAACUUCAUGGGAUUCAAUUGCGGAAGUUGUAAGUUUGGAUUUCGGGGACCCCGCUGCACAGAAAGGCGACUUUUGGUGAGAAGAAACAUCUUUGAUUUGAGUGUCCCAGAGAAGAACAAAUUUCUUGCCUAUCUCACUUUGGCAAAACAUACCACCAGCCCAGACUACGUCAUCCCCACGGGCACCUAUGGCCAAAUGAAUCAUGGAACAACUCCCCUGUUUAAUGACGUCAGUGUUUAUGACCUCUUUGUCUGGAUGCAUUAUUAUGUGUCAAGGGACACGCUGCUUGGGGACUCUGAAGUCUGGAGAGACAUUGAUUUCGCUCAUGAAGCCCCAGGUUUCCUGCCUUGGCAUAGACUCUUUUUGCUGCUGUGGGAACAGGAAAUCCAGAAGCUGACCGGGGAUGAGAACUUCACGAUUCCAUACUGGGACUGGAGAGAUGCAGAAAACUGUGAGGUUUGCACAGAUGAGUACAUGGGAGGUCGCAACCCUGCAAACCCUAAUCUACUCAGCCCAGCAUCCUUCUUCUCCUCUUGGCAGAUCGUCUGCAGCAGACUGGAGGAGUACAACAGUCGCCAGGCUUUAUGCAACGGGACGUCUGAGGGACCAUUACUGCGCAAUCCUGGAAACCACGACAAAGCCAGGACCCCGAGGCUCCCCUCCUCGGCUGAUGUGGAGUUUUGCCUGAGUUUGACCCAGUAUGAAUCAGGUUCCAUGGAUAAAGCUGCCAACUUCAGCUUUAGAAAUACCCUGGAAGGAUUUGCUAGUCCGCUUACUGGGAUAGCAGAUGCCUCUCAGAGCAGUAUGCACAAUGCCUUGCACAUCUACAUGAACGGAACAAUGUCCCAGGUACCAGGAUCUGCCAAUGAUCCCAUCUUUCUUCUUCAUCAUGCGUUUGUUGACAGUAUUUUUGAACAGUGGCUUCGAAAGUAUCAUCCUCUUCAAGAUGUUUAUCCAGAAGCUAAUGCACCCAUUGGGCACAACCGGGAAUCCUACAUGGUUCCUUUCAUCCCUCUCUACAGAAACGGUGAUUUCUUUAUUUCAUCCAAAGAUCUAGGCUAUGACUAUAGCUACCUACAAGAUUCAGAACCGGACAUUUUUCAAGAUUACAUUAAGCCCUACUUAGAACAAGCACGUCGAAUCUGGCCGUGGCUCACUGGGGCAGCUGUGGUUGGGUCUGUCCUUACUGCUGUGCUGGGAGGACUUACUAGCCUGUUAUGUCGUCGAAAGAGAAACCAGCUUCCAGAAGAAAAGCAGCCCCUGCUCAUGGAAAAAGAGGAUUACCACAAUGUGUUGUAUCAGAGCCAUUUAUGA